AGUGUAUUCACACAGUGCAGCACGCACCUCCAUCGGCGCUCAUUGAUUUCUCAUUUCUCCCAAAAUCUAGGCCUACCUCCUUCUCCUUUGAUUCAUCCGUUCUAGUUUCUUUGCAGAAAUUACAGGAAAAUAAUUCAUGGAUCUCUCUGUUGUGCAAGGAUUCACCAAGUCGUUGGCGAUGACGGUGUUAUCGGAGAUCGGCGACAAGACUUUUUUCGCAGCUGCUAUUUUGGCAAUGCGUUAUCCCCGAAGACUUGUUUUGACAGGUUGCCUCGGAGCUUUGAUUGUUAUGACUAUCUUAUCAGCUGUUGUUGGCUGGGCGGCUCCAAAUCUGAUCCCGCGUAAGUGGACUCAUCAUGUAACAACAGUAUUAUUCCUCGUGUUUGGCCUGUGGUCUAUAUGGGAUGCAUUUAAGGAAGGGGAGGCUGAAGAUUUGGCUGAAGUUGAAAAAGAACUGAAUGCUGGUAUGAAAGGUCACGGUGGGGAAUCAAAAGAGAAUGAUAAGGAUGCAGACGAUCUGAAAAAGCAAAGAAGACCCUUUCUCACCCAAUUCUUUUCCCCGAUCUUGCUCAAGGCCUUCUCCAUUACUUUCUUUGGAGAAUGGGGCGACAAAAGUCAGCUUGCCACAAUUGGUUUGGCUGCCGAUGAAAAUCCCCUUGGUGUUGUUCUUGGUGGAAUUCUUGGACAAGCUUUAUGUACUACAGCGGCCGUCCUCGGAGGAAAGAGUCUUGCAACUCAAAUAUCUGAGAAAAUAGUUGCGCUCUCCGGAGGAGUUCUUUUCAUUAUUUUUGGAAUUCAAUCAUUUCUGUCAACAGUCGAGUCGUAAAAGGCUCCAAAAUUAUCAAAGAAAACGGAGAAAAACUCGUUAUGAUGAAAAGUAGAACUUUUAACUUUGUAGGAUAUUUUAUCCAUUAGCAAAUUCAGGAUAUGAUAUACGAAUAUUAAACUACGCAGAAGAAAACCGAUAGCCACAGUACCUGUAAUUUACAAAAUCAAUUGUAAAGCUAGCCCAAUCACAACAAAAUUGGAGACUAUCACAUUUUUCUUCAUUUGUCUACUUUUUUGUGCACUAA